CCUGAGCGCGCGCGGGCCGGACCGGAAGUGACGCCCAGCCCCGCCCUCUCGGUCGCGGCGGUCGCAGCGUUCGGGGGAGGAGCUGCCCGUGGCCGGCAUGGCGGAGAACGACGUGGACAACGAGCUGCUGGACUACGAGGAUGACGAGGUGGAGAACGCGGCGGGGCCGGACGGGGCCGAGGCGGCGCCCAAGAAGGACGUGAAGGGCUCCUACGUGUCCAUCCACAGCUCGGGCUUCCGCGACUUCCUGCUCAAGCCCGAGCUGCUGCGCGCCAUCGUCGACUGCGGCUUCGAGCACCCCUCCGAAGUCCAGCACGAGUGCAUCCCCCAGGCCAUCCUGGGCAUGGACGUGCUGUGCCAGGCCAAGUCGGGCAUGGGCAAGACGGCCGUGUUCGUGCUGGCCACGCUGCAGCAGCUGGAGCCCGUCACGGGGCAGGUGUCGGUGCUGGUGAUGUGUCACACCCGCGAGCUCGCCUUCCAGAUCAGCAAGGAGUACGAGCGCUUCUCCAAGUACAUGCCCAGCGUCAAGGUGGCGGUGUUUUUCGGGGGGCUGUCCAUCAAGAAGGACGAGGAGGUGCUCAAGAAGAACUGUCCCCACAUCGUGGUGGGGACCCCGGGCCGCAUCCUGGCCCUGGCGCGCAACAAGAGCCUCAACCUGAAGCACAUCAAGCACUUCAUCCUGGACGAGUGCGACAAGAUGCUCGAGCAGCUCGACAUGCGGCGGGACGUCCAGGAGAUUUUCCGCAUGACCCCGCACGAAAAGCAGGUCAUGAUGUUCAGCGCCACCCUGAGCAAGGAAAUCCGCCCCGUGUGCCGCAAAUUCAUGCAAGACCCCAUGGAGAUCUUCGUGGACGACGAGACGAAGCUGACGCUGCACGGGCUGCAGCAGUACUACGUCAAACUCAAGGACAACGAGAAGAACAGGAAGCUCUUCGACCUGCUCGACGUGCUCGAGUUCAACCAGGUUGUGAUCUUCGUCAAGUCCGUGCAGCGCUGCAUCGCCCUGGCCCAGCUGCUGGUGGAGCAGAACUUCCCGGCCAUCGCCAUCCACCGGGGCAUGCCGCAGGAGGAGAGGCUGUCGCGGUACCAGCAGUUAAGGUUUCCAGCGCGAUCCUGCGGGCCCGCGAACCUGUUUGGGGGGCGUGGGGGGUCCUGGGCCUUCAAUACGACGGGCCUGGGGGACCUGGGGCCUACCUGCCGCUUGGGGUUCCCAGGGCAGUUUUGGGGUUCCCAGGGUGGUUUCUGGGGUGCCAGGGCUGUCCCGCUGAGCCCCGGGGCCGUUUUCGGGGCGCAGGUGGCGCGGGCCGGGCGCUUCGGCACCAAGGGCUUGGCGAUCACGUUCGUGUCGGACGAGAACGACGCCAAAAUCCUCAACGACGUGCAGGAUCGCUUCGAGGUGAACAUCAGCGAGCUGCCCGACGAGAUCGACAUCUCCUCCUACAUCGAGCAGACCCGAUAAGGACCCCCCAGGCCCCGCCGCCGCCGGGACCCCCCCGGGACCACCCCCCCAAAAAAAGUUACCCCCAAACCCGGCCCGGCCGCGGGGGGUUGGGCCGCCCCCCCCUCCCCCGGGGUUUUGUAGAAAAAUGGCCUGAAAAGACAAAAAAAAAACCCAAAAAAAAACCAAAAAAAAAAAAGAAGAAAACAAAAAAAGGAGAAAAACACAAAAAAAAAAAAAAGUUUCCCCUGUGUAGCAGCUGGGGGGAGGGGCCUGGGGACCCCCGACCCCCCGGGACUCCCCCCCGACCCCCCCGGCUGUAAAAUUUCUGGUUUUUUGGUAAUAAAGUUUUGCCAAAACGGC